AUGGCCGCACCCCCACAGUUGCAACCAUGGACACUAGAUGUCAGUUCGCUUAUCGUCCUGAUCAGUGAAGACGAGGAGCGGAAUUACCGACUGAGCCGGCGAUCACUUCUCCAAUGCCUCGUGGCUGCUCCAGUUGUCGGUCUCCAGAAUUAUGUUCGAUCCUACGACAUGUUACUCGACACGAGCGCCGAAACAUACUUUUCACCGUACGGAGUCAAAAGUGCCCCGCUGCGCAACAUCCAACUCUCGAAUGCUUUGAAGAUAAACAAAAUUUUGGAAGAUGGGCGAUAUACCGUAUACAAGAUACCGAGCGAUAGUUCCAAGUCAAAGAGUGUCAACAGGAAGAGCCAGACCUUUCUGGCACUUUGGACGUGUGCCACGUGGGCCUUCUUCGCCGGUUUGAUUUUCGGUAUAUGCAAAAGUGACCAGACGACCUGGGUCUCGCUCGCGACUUGCAUCACGUUCACUGGUUGGUCUGUCAUGAUCCGCCUCAUUGAGCACGUCAAUGUUGUUCCAUCAACGAAUGGCCUAGAUCAUGUCAACGAUCCGAACGCGCUUGACGCUGUAUUCAUCAUGGGCCGUAGUAACUCAGCAUUUGUUCUGGAAGGAAGUCGCAAAGAUGUGAAGAGCUGGACUAGCAGUGGCCUUAUUUACCGAGAAUGUCCGCUAGGGCUUCCAGCCUCAGUUUGGCAGCUUUUCACCAGGAUAGGCAGCCUCAUGGUUCUGCUCUCAUUUCUCACGAGUAUACCCAAUGGAAGCACGGCAGACCAGGUCGCUUUUGUCAUUCUCAAUAUCGUAGCGCAGGCUAAUGUUCUUGUUGGUCAGUGGGCGAAUAGCCGGUGCGUGCUGUCGAAGUUAUCCAUGAUCGAGAGUAUCAACGAUCCUCAAAACCUUACAAGAACGCACAUAUACGCAGAACUCAUAAGACGGUUUUGUCAAGCUGAAGAUGUGCACGAAUGGGUAGAAGCAUCGAACAUGCUUCCAAGAACGGAGGUCUGGGACAGGUGGAAAGUGCAGAUUAAGGAAGACGCUCAAAAGGAUCCCAAAAAGCUUUACCGGGAAAUCUCCAAAGACUUCGAAGAUUCGCGGAGAGCUGCGGUCUCCAAGCAAGACACAUACACAUCAACGGAAAGCGCUUGA